AUUUACACCGUCGAUUUGUGGUCUUAUCAUAACUCGCUUUGUGUUUGUAUUGCUCUCUGUGCUUUGAACUGGCUCAUUCUAUUUCUAAAAGUUUACUCUGUUUCGGGCAACAACCUUGAUAUUGAUUUAUUUUUCUUUGUGGAAAAUGCUACAGUUCCUGUUUUACAUCGGCUUUGUCCUUCAGACAUCUGCAUUUAUAGCACCACCUGAUGAAUAUGCUUGUCCAUUUCCCACCUCAAAACCAGAACUUGAUAGUUUACGACCUUUGGCGAAGAUAUACCAAGAUGAGAGAGAAGACGGGUGGUGGCCCUUUCGGGAGGUUGCUGGCCGUGAGUCGUUCGUCGAUAAAACGGAGUUCAUCAAAUACUUUCUGGACACCCGCAAGCAGCUCGUCCUAGUGGCGCCACCCAACUUCGGCAAGUCCACCAACCUCCACAUGCUCAAGCACUUCUUCCAGAUCCCCGUCGACGCCAUGGGUGCCAACCUCACCUUCAACAUGGCGGAAAAAGGCACCUUCUUCGGCAAGCUCGCCAUCUGCAAGAAACAUCCCUCCAUCUGCAGUGAUUAUCUAUCCAGCGCCCCGGUCGUGUCUCUAGACCUGGAGUCGGUGGUCGGCUCAACCCCGACGACGUUCCUCGAGACGUUCCGGGCGGAGGUGGAACGGGUGUUCCGGGCGCACGGGUACCUGGCCAAGAGCGAGCGGCUCUCGGCGUUCAACAAGGAGGAGUUCGCGAGCUACGAGUCCCACCUCGGGAGCCCCGACCGGACGAUCGCCUUCUACAAGGACGGAAUCGACGUUCUCACCAGGCUCCUCUUCGUCCACCACCGGCGCAAGUGCAUCCUCCUCGUCGACAAUUUCGACCGACUCGCCGUCGCAGCCAUGCUCGGCAAGGACGAGGAAUACCAGCUCCCGACGGAGGUGGAGGAGAUCUACUUCUCGCUGGGUGAGACGGCGAAGCAUUCGGCGUUCGUGUCUCGGACUUUGCUGACGGGGGUGUUCCGGAUGGGGAGUCACCGACAAGGGCACGACGACAACCUCCUCUACAAGUCCAUCUUCGCCGACCCGCAGAUCAGCCAGCAUUUCGGGCUCACCUUGGCCGAGGUAGAGGCGCUUAUCGGGCGCUUGGGACGGAGCAAGGACCAGGCUGCAGUGGAUCUCGAUCGGAUCAAGUACCACUUCGGCGGCUACAGGAUCUGCGACACGCAGAUCAAGAUUUUCAACACCGGAUCCGUUGUCGCGUAUCUGGAGGGCGAAGGAAUCAAAAUCCCUUCGCCGCCUCUCUUCCGCAUCUACAAACCAAUCUUCAGGUAUGAAAUGAUGGGCGAGCACCUUCACGAGGCUGUCGAAAAUGGAACGGAUUUGACACCGCAAGGGGUGAUCUCGAUAACGGACCUAUUCCAGCUGCGACAGGCCGGCCACAUGACUGUCGCGAACUUCAAGGGGACCCACAACAAGGGGCUCCUUCUGCAGCUUCUCCAAGAGGCCGGCUACUUCACGGUCACCUCUCGAAAACCCAACGGAUCCGUCCAUCUUGAGAUCCCUUGCGUGGCCGUCAAGGAGGCUUACGAGGAUCUCGUCUACCACAACGAGUUCUUCGUCACCGAGGAGGAGUGGAAGAAAGAGCUCGCAGCUAACGCCACGAAAAACAACCCGCGUGACCAUAAGGGGAAGAAAAGUGGCUCAUGAUAUUGUUAGAGAUCGAAGAGCAGUGGCAUAGCUAGGAAUUCUUUAAUGGCCUGGUUACACGCUCAAAUUUCCGUCAAAUUUCGAUCAAAA